AUGACUUGCUUUCGUUUGCUCUGGUGGAAGAAAAAAUCCAGAAGCCAAAUUGUACAGCAGGACUUAGACAUACCACUCCAUGGCAACGUGAAGAUAUACUCCUCCAAGGAGCUCAAAAGGGCCACAAGGAAUUUCUGCUCAGGAAACAAACUUGGACAAGGUUCUUUCGGCUGCGUUUACCUGGGAAAGCUGAAGAAUGGUCAAAAAGUUGCCAUCAAGGUACUCUCCUCUGAGUCAAAGCAAGGAACAAGGGAGUUCUUGAAUGAACUGAGUGUCAUAUCCAGCAUAACCCAUCACAACCUCGUUAAACUGCACGGCUGCUGCGUCGAUGGAGGUCAGAAAAUGCUGGUCUACAAUUAUCUGGAGAACAACAGCCUUGCAAGGACCCUCUUUGGCAAUGCCCACAGUAGUAUCCGGUUUGACUGGAGCACAAGGGCGAAGAUCUGCAUUGGUGUCGCCGACGGUCUCACAUAUCUGCAUGAAGAAAUCCGGCCGCAUAUCGUCCACCGUGACAUCAAGGCGAGUAACAUUCUGCUUGACAAGGACCUGAGCCCCAAAAUAUCGGAUUUCGGGCUAGCAAAGCUCUUCCCAGGCAACAUGACGCAUAUCAGCACGAGGGUUGCAGGAACAUUAGGGUAUCUGGCACCGGAGUAUGCAAUCCGAGGGCAGCUGACAAAGAAGGCUGAUGUGUACAGCUUUGGGGUUCUGCUGCUGGAGAUUGUCAGUGGCAGGUGGCACACUGACCCCAGAUUGCCUCUCCAAGAUCAGUUCCUCCUAGAAACGGCUUGGACACUCUACGAGUCUGGUGAUCUUGGGAGCAUCAUCGACAGGACCUUAAAAGAUGAUUUCAGCACCGACGAAGCUCAUAAGUUUUUGAAAAUAGGACUUCUGUGCACCCAGGAUAGCCCCAAGGUCAGGCCCUCCAUGUCAACAGUCGCCAAGAUGCUAAAGGGUGAGUGUGCCGUCAGCGACAAGAUCAUGAGGCCAGGCCUGAUCACAGAUGUCAUGGACCUGAAAGUCAGAACAAUCGAGCCUGCUCUUCAGUUAAGUGUGUCUCCACCAAUGUCUCCACUGGAUAACCACUCACUGGUGUCUAACCUUGCAUUCGCUGGUAGCACUGUGAUAAGGGACAGCCCCUAA